AUGGCGGCGCCGGGUUCUAACGACGGCGCGGCGCCCGAGGGCGUCGCCGCCGACGGCAAGAUGGCGUGGGAGAUCAUGAAGACCUGCGAGCGGCUCGCGCCGAGGUUCACCCUGGGAGACGUCAUGCUCGCGUCGUCGUCGUCGUCCUUCUCGGGCACCGCCGAGGACAUGAGAUCGUCGCUCGUGAGGAUCGCGCACCUCGCCGGGGCGCACGUGGAGGUCGAGGCCUUGACCGGGGAGGUGAUAUACGUGUUUCCCAGGCGCGUGCGCGCCGCGGUGCUGUCGCGCAACGCGAUAGAGAACAACCGGGCGUUCCGCAGGAGGGCGUGGCGGGGCUUCCUCACCGCGUUCCGAUUCUGCUUCAGCGUGUUCCUCGUGGUGUCGGUGGUGCUCGUUUUCCUCGCGCUCGUCGCGAUCAUGAUCAUCGCCCUGACGCAGAGCAGGGACAGGGGCGGCGGGGGCGGGCAGCUCCCGCUGUUCUUCGGCCCGGGAGGGCCCGGCGGCGGCGGCGGCGGCGGCGGACCGUAUUACCACCACCACGGCGGCCUCAACGACAACUUCUGGCUCUACCUCUACAUGCGCGACAUAUGGUGGCUGACGUACUGGAACGAGCACGAGUACAGGAUGCAUCAGCGCCUGCACGGGGAGUACGGCCGGGGUUUGCGGCACGGACAGCCCGCGAAGGGCGCCGGCGGAGGCGCGGCCCCGCCCGGAGGCGACGACGGCGGCGGCGGCGGAGGACGAGGAGGAGGGGGACGGGGAGGAGGAGGAGGAGGAGGAGGAGGCGGAGGAGGAGGCGGAGGACGCCCGGGCCCUCCCGACCGCGACCCCCCGGGUGGUCCGGGUGCCGACUGGGACAGGUUCCUCGCCGAGGAGGACGAGGCGGAGCGCGGCGAAGGGGACAAGAACCGCGAACUGUCGUUCAUCGAGAGCGUCUUUGCGUUUGUCUUCGGCCGCGGCGAUCCAAACGAGGACCUCGAGCACCGACGCUGGCGAGCCGUGGGUCUGCUGCUCAGGGCGAACCAAGGCGUUGUGUACGCCGAGCAGCUCGCGCCGUUCCUGGACUCGUACCUGCUCCGGGACCACCGCGGGGGCGGGCUCGACGCCUUGGCCGCGACGGUCCGGAACAUCAUCCGGAACAUCAUCCGGAGAAAAGAAGACGACGCCCGGGGCGACGCGUCGCGGAUGCACGAGGGAUACGUCCUCGAGGCACUCGCCAAGUUCGGGGGGCACGCGGAGAGCUCCGAGGACGGCCGGCUGGUGUACGUGUUCCCCGCGCUGCAGGUGUCGACGCUGGAGGACCACGAGGGGAGCGGCGGGGGGGGCGGGACCGGGGAAUCGCGAAGCCGACCAAUCAGGACGCUUCCCCCGCCCAUACCCCCGCCCAUCUUUGAACGCGCGCGGCCGGUCGCGUCGGAGGGAUGGAUUUCCGCGCGCCGAGGCGUCCACUGGGGAUCAGGGCGCGGAGGACGAUGGGUCGCAAAAUCGCCCCCGGGCAUCGAUACGACUCCGACGUCGUGA